GAACACAAAGAAGACUGAGAGAAACAGAUCAAACCAGGGCCUUCAGAUGAUGCUUGUGAGAGCGUUCUGACUAACACUUAUCUCUUGAUGCCCAGUGAUGGGAAACCAAAGCAGCAGAAUCAGUGACCUGCUCUUACGAGCCCUCGACAACCUUUCUCAGGAAGACUUGAAAAGAUUUAAAGACAAACUAUCACACUCUGACUUUAAGGGGAAAGGUAACAUCCCCCGAGGUCGGCUGGAGAAUGCCGACAGGAUAGAUACGAAGAACCUCCUGAUGGAAUUCUAUAGUGGAGAUGCUGUGGUAGAUGUAACCAUAGAUGUUUUCACUCAGAUCGACCUCCGAGAGUCUGCUGCAAAACUCAGAGAAGAAAGAGAGAAAGAGUUUCAUCAGAGUCAAAACCCAUCAGAGUUGUCAGCAAAAGGUUACAGGAAGAAGUAUAAAGAAGAUAUUAAAAAGAAAUACAAGCUAAUAAAAGACAUGAACAGUCGUUUUGGUGACUAUAUGAUUCUAAACAGAAGAUACACAAACCUGACUAUUAUAGACAGACCUCGUCAGGCAAAGGAGAGAGAACAUGAAAUAAUGGCCAUGGGAUGGAGACAUGCAGAAGUCAUGACUGAACGAGCUAGUUCUGAAGUUACACUGGCCACCCUCUAUAAACCUGAUAAAGAUGGACACACACCACAAGUCGUUGUGCUGCUGGGAGCUGCUGGGAUUGGGAAAACAAUGACUGCAAGAAAGAUCAUGUACGAUUGGGCAGCUGGGGAACUCUAUAAGGAAAAGUUUGAUUAUGUUUUCUACAUAAACUGCAGGGAAAUGAACCUUCUUAAUGAGCAGGGAAGUGUGGCUGACAUGAUUUUUAAAAGUUGGCUUAAUACAAAUGCACCAGUUAAUCACAUUCUGGUGAAUCCAGAAAAACUCUUGUUCAUAAUAGAUGGGUUCGAUGAACUGAGAUUUUCCUUUGAUCAGCCUAAAGAUAAUCUGUGCACUGAUCCCUGGGAAAAGAAGCCAAUGGAAAUCAUCCUGAGCAGUUUAUUUAGGAGAACAGUUGUUCCUGAAUCCUACCUGAUGAUCACUACAAGACCAGCUGCCCUGGAGAAACUCGGGCAAUGUUUGGAAUGCUCACGUUAUGCAGAGAUCCUGGGGUUUUCUGAAGCUGAGAGGGAGGAAUAUUUCCACAAGUUCUUUGGAAAUGAAAACCAAGCAAGACAAGCUUUACAAUUUGUGAAAGCAAAUGAAAUUCUUUUCACCAUGUGCUUUGUCCCCUUCAUAUGUUGGAUCAUCUGCACAGUUCUGAAACAACAGCUUGAAAAAGGAGAAACUCUCACACAAACUUCAAAAACAGUCACUGGAGUGUAUAUGCUCUACCUUUCCAGUUUAGUCAAGCCUCUCAGCAACAAUACGAAGCAACACUUGCAUGGAAAUCUGAGGAGACUUUGUUCCUUGGCUGCUGAUGGAAUCUGGAAGCAAAAGAUACUGUUUGAGGAAGAAGAAAUCAAGAAGUUCGGCUUAGAUCAAGAAAACUCUCUCCCCCUUUUUUUGAAUGAGAAUAUUUUUCAAAAAGAAACUGACUGUGAAUGUCUCUACAGCUUCAUUCACUUAAGCUUUCAGGAGUUUUUUGCAGCUUUGUUAUAUGUCCUGGCGGAAGAUGAAACAACAGAUUCAGGGAUUCCAAAGAAAGAUGUGAAAACUUUGUUAGAAAACUAUGGAAACUCUAAAAAUUAUUUAAUGUUAACAGUGCGAUUCCUGUUUGGGCUCUUAAAUGAAGAAAGAAUGAAGGACCUGCAGGAAAAAUUUGGGUGUAAACUUUCACCUAAAAUUAAGGCAGAUUUAUUGAAGUGGGUUCAAGCAAACCAACAAACAGAUUUAAUCUUGCCCUGUGUUCAUGAGGAGAUUUAUCAAAGUUAUCAGCUUGAAUUGUUUCACUGUGUAUAUGAGAUGUAUGAAGAAGAUUUUGCAGUUAAUGCAUUGGAUCACUUCACUGAACUGAAAUUAAAUCAAAAUAAAUUUACCCAGAUGGAUCAAAGGGCUCUCUCAUUCUGUGUAAAGCAUUGUCAUAGUCUGGAGUCACUUUGUAUAUAUGACUGUACAUUUAGUUUAGAAGACCAUGAGGAAAAACUCCCAAGACGACAAAAGUGGCUAUAUCAGAAAAACCAUCAGGAUAAGCCAAAGCAUUCGCCUAUUUACCUGCUCUCUCAAGCAUUGAAGGAUCCAAACUGUAAAUUAAAGAAACUAGAGUUUUGUGAUUGCCAUUUGACAGCUGCUUGCUGUGAGGAUUUCUCCUCUAUUCUUGGUACCAAACAGACCUUGGUUGAGUUGUGCCUGGCAGGAAACAGCCUGGGAGAAUCAGGAGUGAAGCUGCUGUGUGAGGGACUGAAGCAUGCAAACUGCAAACUGCAGAAACUGAGCUUGAAGGCUUGUAAACUCUCAGCUGCUUGUUGUGGGGAGCUCUCUUCUGCUCUCAGCAACAACCAGUUGCUGACAGAUCUGGACCUGAGUGAUAAUCAACUGGGAGCCAUGGGAAUACAGCUGCUGUGUGAAGGACUGAAACAGCCAAACUGCAAACUGCAGAGACUAGUGUUGAGAUUUUGCGGUCUCACAGGCGCUUGCUGUAGGGAUCUCGCCACUGUUCUCAGCACCAGCCAGAGCCUGACAGAGCUGAAUCUCAGUUAUAAUUUUUCUCUGGGAGAUGUUGGAAUUCAGCUGCUGUGUGAGGGACUGAAACAGCCAAACUGCAAAUUACAGAUAUUGGGGCUGGAGGGGUGCAGACUCUCAGCUGUAUGUUGCUGGUUUCUCUCCUCCGCUCUCAGCACCAGCCAGGCCCUGGCAGAGCUGAACCUUUGGGGGACGAAGCUGGGAGAUUCAGGAGUGCAGCUGCUGUGUGAAGGACUGAGACAUCUCAACUGCAAACUGCAGAAAAUACUGCUGGGGAGUUGCAGCCUCACAGCUGCUUGCUGUGGGGAUCUCUCCACUAUUCUCAGCACCAGCCAGAGCCUGACAGUGCUGGAACUGGCGAAUAACAAACUGGGGGAUUCAGGCGUGCAGCUGCUGUGUGAGGGACUGAAACAUCCAGAUUGCAAACUACAGAAACUAGUACUGGGGCAUUGUGAUCUCACAGUUGUUUGUUGUGGAGAUCUGUCCUCUGUUCUUAGCACCAGCCAGACCCUGACAGAGCUCGGCAUAAGGUGGAACAACCUAGGAGAUUCAGGAGUGCAGCUGCUGUGUGAAGGAUUAAAACAUCCAAACUGCAAAUUACAGAUACUGCAACUGAGUGGUUGCCAUUUCACAGCUGCUUGUUGUGGGGAUCUCGCCUCUGCUCUCAGCACCAACCAGACGCUGACAGAGCUGAUCCUGGGAGAAAAAACAAUGGACAAUUCAGGUGUGAAACAGUUGUGUGAAGGACUAAAACACCCAAACUGCAAACUGCAGAAACUGGGCUUGAGCAGUGUCAAUGUAAAUGAAGACACACAGAGAGAGCUAGAUGCUGUGAAAAAGAGGAAACCUGAUAUGAUCAUACGUAUAUGGAAGAAUUGGUGAGCGAGAGCCAUUGCACCGACACCACUCUGGCCUGGCUGUUGGCCUGCUAGCUGGGACAGUGGCUAGGGACAGGACCUGCCUCUUUUAAGGCAUCUCUGCCAUCACCAAGGACUCCGGAUGCACAGUCUCCUGACUGGUGUUAAGAGUGAGAACCUCACACUAUGGGGAAAAUAUGCUCCAGUUUUGUGAGCUUGUUGAACUCACACAUUCAGCCUCCACAGGCACAGGGCUGGAAGAGACUGUCAGGGUUGAGAGAACCAGAGGUUUAUUAUGUGGAGCUGGUUAGGCUGUUAGGUUCAUCCAAUGAUAUCUGCCCACAUCCUCAAGGUUGUAGACCCAUGUUGCUUAUUGAAAGAAAUAUUGUUUGGUAUCAAUUUUAUAAAUUGUAUUAAAACUAAUACGCCAACAAACUGUAUCACCAAAGCGAAGCUACUAAUUGUACUAUGAAACUAAAUGAAGCCUAGAGCAAUGCAACUACCCAAUCAAAAUCAAACCCUGAUUAAAUUAGUCUCAAUGUUGGAUCAAAAUUAUGUCACCAAGUUAGUUACCUCAUCAGAUUAAGAAGAACUGAUUAUUUGUUGUAUUAAUCCUAAAAAGGGAUCUAAGAAGGUGACUGUUUUGGUUAUGAAUCCCAACUAAAAAAUUUUACCCAGUCAAUCAAAUCUAUAACUUGGUGCUGGAUCACUAUCUUAAUACUGUAAGCAGUUUAUUAUCUAAUGUCUAAACCACAAGCUCAGAGAUAUUACAAAGCUUCCUCCUGACAUUUCAGUGUGUGGUGGUGAACACUUUCCUCCCCUCAACCAGAGCUAUUACAGUGCAGGCUUAAAAAAAACAAAACACUGAUAGGCAGAAGUUUGUCAUCACUUAUUUAGCAAUUUACAGUUGACAGCUUUGUUUCUCAGGCCUCAAACACACACAGACAGAACAUACUUCAGCAAAUAUCUUCGAGACUAUUUUAGGGCUACUUCUAUCUGGGGAACUUUCUUUAAGGCACUUUCCUGGUGUGGAUUCUACUGGCGCUCAUAUGCACACGCUGCACGCAUGUACAAAACCAGGCUUUCACACCAUCAGAUUAGAGAAUAAAAAGGGCUGGGACAUCUCCAAGUUAACAAAACCAAGACAAAAAUAGAAAAAAGGGGAAAAGGAGACAUUUAAGAUGAUGGGGGUGGGGGGUGGGAUGGUGAACACUUCAGUGCUCGCAGUUGUCUGGUUUCUCAUCACUUAGGGUAUGUCUUCACUACCCGCCGAAUCGGCAGGUAGUAAUCGAUCUAUCGGGGAUCGAUAUA